AGGUCAUUUGGUUUCUUCUAAGCGGACAACAGAGCCCUCGGUUUUCAUUCAAAUUUACGACCUAACCUUCUUCAUUUCUGUUCAUUGUAACAAAUCUCUAGCCUUCUUUGUUUUGUUUUAAGGACGACCCUCGGUUUUGCCACUAUUUACGGCGUUACCCCUUUGUAAGAAACCCUAGUGUUUGAUUGUAUUUUUGGUAGUUUUGUUUGGAUUUUGGUUAUUUUUGGAGCUUAGGAUUGUGAUAUGAAUAGUAGAGGGAGGAAUCCACCUCCGGGAAUCGGCGUUGGCCGGGGUGGCGGAGUUAUUGCCAACCCUAGUUUUCAGUCGAGGCCAUCGCAACAGCACUACGUGCAGAGGAAUUUGGUUCAGAAUCAGCAGCAAUUUCAACAACAGCAGCAUCAACAGCAACAGCAGUGGCUCAGGCGUAACCAGUUUCCCGGCGGAAAUGACUCUAGUGUCAUCCACGAGGUCGAGAAGACCGUACAAACGGAAGCCGUUGACUCGAGUUCACAAGAUUGGAAGGCAAGGCUAAAAAUACCACCAGCAGAUACUCGCUACAAAACUGAGGAUGUGACAGCUACCAAAGGAAAUGAAUUUGAGGACUAUUUUCUGAAACGCGAACUUCUUAUGGGAAUAUAUGAGAAGGGUUUUGAAAGACCAUCUCCUAUUCAGGAAGAGAGUAUUCCCAUUGCUUUAACUGGAAGCAAUAUACUUGCUAGAGCCAAAAAUGGAACUGGGAAGACAGCAGCAUUCUGCAUCCCUGCCUUGGAAAAAAUUGACCAAGAUAACAAUGUUAUUCAAGUUGUUAUUCUUGUUCCAACUCGAGAACUGGCUCUCCAGACAUCACAAGUGUGCAAGGAGCUUGGGAAGCAUUUACAAAUUCAAGUCAUGGUCACAACUGGAGGUACUGGUCUCAAGGAUGAUAUCAUGAGAUUGUAUCAACCAGUCCAUUUGUUGGUUGGAACCCCUGGCAGAAUUCUAGACCUUGCUAAGAAGGGUGUUUGCAUUUUGAAAGAUUGCUCAAUGCUUAUCAUGGAUGAAGCAGAUAAACUUUUGUCUCCUGAGUUUCAACCUUCCAUAGAGCAGCUGAUACAUUUUCUUCCUGCAACUCGUCAAAUUUUGAUGUUUUCUGCCACAUUUCCUGUUACUGUUAAGGACUUUAAAGACAGAUACCUACAGAAACCAUAUAUUAUUAAUCUAAUGGAUGAGCUUACCCUGAAGGGUAUUACACAAUAUUAUGCUUUUGUGGAAGAAAGACAGAAAGUCCACUGCCUAAAUACUCUUUUCUCUAAGCUGCAAAUAAACCAAUCGAUCAUUUUCUGCAACUCAGUAAAUCGAGUGGAACUAUUGGCCAAGAAAAUUACAGAACUUGGCUACUCUUGCUUUUAUAUCCAUGCAAAGAUGCUUCAGAACCAUCGUAACAGAGUAUUUCAUGAUUUCCGUAAUGGUGCAUGCAGGAACCUUGUUUGUACUGAUCUUUUUACAAGGGGUAUAGAUAUCCAAGCCGUGAAUGUUGUUAUUAACUUUGACUUCCCCAAGAACUCUGAAACAUACCUCCAUAGGGUUGGUCGAUCAGGAAGGUUUGGUCAUCUUGGACUAGCUGUGAAUUUGAUCACUUACGAAGAUCGUUUUAACCUGUAUAGGAUUGAACAAGAACUUGGGACUGAAAUUAAGCAAAUUCCUCCACAUAUCGAUCAGGCUAUAUACUGUCGGUGAUUUAUGGUGGAUGUUUCUUGCUUGGCCUACAGCGGUAACAAUGGAUUAAUGAAGAUCUGCUUAAUCAAGGUGCCCGUGCUUGCACACGGGGUGGGCUUAUCUAUUCUGAAAUAUGUGGUGUUGGUGGAAGACGUUUUAGCUGGUUCUUUUGUGCAUGUAUCCUUUAACGCUUUUUUUUUAUUGAUGUGUCAGAUUUCAUAGUCCCCAAAUGUUCAAAGGAUAUAGCAGACUAGGGAGAGAAUUUGGAUGAGUUCUGCAUUUGAUCUAGUUAAAUUAUGGUUUAGUACUGUCUGGUCAUGAUGGAAGUGUAGCUUGUGCUAGAAGUUUAUGUU